CGCAACGGAGCGUAAACAACGCGGAGGCGAACAGACGCACGUGGACGUGACGCUGGGGGCAGAGCGGUCAAUUUUUGUCGUUCUUGUCGUUCUUUUAAUGGUAUAUUAUUUUUUAUAUAUAUACAGAUUUUAAAAGUAUACGAUCCCCGGCCACGGUUGGUAAAUAAAAUUUACAAAACGUCCAUAAGUAGAGUGCAAAGUUUGGGCCGCGUGUGUGUGCGAGCUUCUAGCAAUAUGGCUUUAUACACGAGGUCAUCCGUUCAGAUGCCACCGGACGUGGACCCGACCAAGGCCACCUUGGCCUUCGGGGACAGGGCGCUGCCCAGGUUGUGCAGGGAGUUGCAGGGGCCCGAGCUGCUGACCCGGCAGCGAGCCCUCAUGGCCCUGUGCGACUUGGUGCACGAGCCAGAGAUGGCUUACGAGGCGGUGCGUGUCGGUUGUCUAGAGUGUCUGAGGUCACUGCUGGUUGACGAAGAUGCCACAGUUCGUUGUAAGACGACAGAGGCCCUAUCCAUUAUGGUCUCGCACAGCAUUACCAGGACAAUGUUUUUGUCCAUGGAUUUGAUUUUGCCGCUGUCUCAUCUCUUUGACGAUGAUGUAGACAUCUGUCGAUUAAAUACCCACAAGACCCUGGAAAUGCUGUCUGAAAUUCCUCACGGCGCGCUUGGCAUAGUUGAAGCUGGGUUGGUGCCUUGUUUGGUUAAAAAAUUGCGCUCGGAGUUGAAUGAAAUCUGCGAGCUAAUUCUGGACACGCUGGACUUCUGCUUGGCCGUGGAUACGAAGCAAGCGCUUGAAGUCGGGGCCGUAGAUGUGCUCCUCACAUUGCUUCUUCAUGAGUCUGAGCGGAUACGUGCCAAAGCAGCCCGUGCUACGAUGAACAUUACAGUAUCUCUAGAAGGCAAGAACCAAGCUUGUGAUAAACAAUUGGUGCCCAUCCUCGUUGGACUUCUAUCUGACUCUUCGACUGAUGUGAGGGGAAAUGCAGCUGGUGCUAUCAUGAGCAUAGCUGUCACAACUCAAGGCAAGUAUGCAGCCCUGGGGGCCGAAGCAGUGCAUCCACUUGUGGAACUGGUGACAGAUGGACGAAGUGAGGUGCGUCUCAACGCCAUCAAAGCCAUCACGGCCCUGGCAGAGGCCCCAGAGGGACGCGAGGCUUUGCUCCCCAGCGUGUCCUUGCUGGGAGGGUGCCGGAGCGAUGCGAGUGCUGCCGUGGCGAACGCGGUCGACAUUGCUCUUAGAGUCAUCACCUGGAGGCCUUAGCUGGCCCAAUGAUGGCGCCACGGGUCCUUCGUUUUAAUUUGUGAUGUUAUAUUUAGCUUUGGUUUGUGAAGAAAAAAAAUCUUGCGUUGAAAUUCUUAAGGGUUCAGAACAUUGCGUGAAUUUUUUUCGGUGCAAGUCAGUUACAACUUUUUUUUUUCAAGUAAAAAAAUGGGGUUCUGGUUUGUUUACUUAAAUUUUUUGACAAGUGUUCCGUUUACCCUAUGGUUACAUUAAAAUGUACAGGAAUUA